UUUAAAAGGGAGAAAAACUCAGAUAACUUGAAGGCAUUAGUCUUUGUGAGGAACAGAUGUUGCAGAGCCAAACAGGAACAUAGAGUACGCAUAUAAAAUAAUUUAUAUUUCGAUAGUGUGCGCGGUUGAUUUAUCAAAGCCGGGUUCCAUGCGCCUCGUUAAUGGGUUUAAGGAGAUGCUUUUGUUGGGUGAUUUCCAUAAUUAAUAAAGGAAAAUGCAUAAUGCUCUCGCUGCUGCGGAGGAAGGAAUUGUGUGUUAUGUAGGCUAAGCCUAUGUGUACGCACUAGGGGUGUCACGAUACCAGCAUUGCAAUACUCUGAGGAAUCAUGGCAAGGAAUUGUCUUUCCUUUCCUUUUUGCCAUGGAAAAUCAGGUAUUGUGAUAACCCGAGUACGUACUUAUUUGUAUUGCUUUUAAACUUUUUAAAUGAAUUUAUCUUAUUAACACUUUGUUCUAGCUAGCUAUUUGUGUAGGUAGCUAUCAAGUAAACACAAUGAUAAUUGAUAAUGUACGUACGAAGAUGCCCAUCCAGGAUAAAUAAUGGAGAGGUGGCGGGGUUUAACAUAUAUAUUUUUAUUUAUUUUGGGAGGUACUUUUUACCCCUCUUUUUUGUCAUAUCCAAUUUGGUAUUUACAGUGUUGUCCCAUCCCUGCUACUCCCGUACGGACUCUGGAGAGGCGAAGGUCGGAGCCAUGCCCAGCCACACUGUUUCAUGACACACUGCACGCUUAACCCGGAAGACAACCGCACCAAUGUGUCGGAGGAAACACUGUACAGCUGGCUACCGAAGUCGCUAGAGUGUGACGGGACAAGGACGUCUGGCCAAACCCUCCCCUAACCCGGCGACGCUGGGACAAUUGGGCACGGCCUCAUGCCUCUCCUGGUCACGGCCGGCUACAACACAGCCUGGGAUCGAACCCGGGUCAGUAGUGACGCCUCUAGCACGGCGAUGCAGUUGUUUAGACCAUUAUGUCCCUCGGGUGGCCCACGGGUUUAACCUUAAUUAAAUCAACAUGGUUUGAGGACAAUUUUAAGACAUUGGUGUUUUUUGAUGAACGGCAUGUCGUCGACUAGUUCAUGUUAUGUGAAACGUCUUGAUUGGUCUUUUCUUUUGGUAGGAGCAUGUAGUGUCAAUGUUUUGUCUUUCUUUUGUCACAGAUCUCCCACAGAGCUGUCAGUCUGAAAUGCCAUAGUGAAUACGGGAUAGCCUAAAACCUCAUCUAUCCUGAGUCUCGGCUGAGGAGGAACACAACGUUGUGACUGUUCUGUUGUGUGGUGGUCAUGCAGCACCCUAACUUUGAGACCCACCACCCUCUCCAGCCUGAUGGAGAGCAGGAGCCUGGCUUUGACCCUCUCCACAACUUCAACAAGAACCACAGCCGUGGAGGAUCUCUGGAUAGUAGCAGGUUGUCUUACUCAGAGUCUGAGUCCACCUUCCUUUCCUACAGGAAAGAAUGGGAUGACUUGUUCCUGAACAGUAAUUAUCUGGCCAGGAUUCGGCAGGCAGGCAUCAGUGGCCGAUUGCGGAGCAGCCGAUUCCGCAGUGUGUGCUGGAAGUUGUACCUGGAGGUCCUUCCUGAGGAUAAGAGCCAAUGGCUCAACAAGACCAAGGAGCUGCGAGCCCAGUAUGAGAAGAUCAAAGAGACUCACAUCACCAACCCCCGUAAAGCUGCAGGCCAGCAGGACCUGGUGGUCAACAAUCCACUCUCACAGGACGAGGGGAGCCUGUGGAACAAGUUCUUCCAGGACAAAGAGCUGAGAGGGAUGAUCAAACAGGACGUGAUGAGAACCUUCCCUGAGAUGUGUUACUUCCAAGAGGAGGCUGUCAGGACCAAGCUGACAGACAUCUUGUUCUGUUACGCCCGAGAGAACGAACUGCUACUGUAUAAACAGGGAAUGCAUGAGUUGUUAGCUCCUAUCGUGUUUGUCCUGCACUGUGACCAUCAGGCCUUUCAGCACGCCAGCGAGACUGCGUACCCCAGUGAGGAGAUGCUGUCUCUACUGAAUCCUAUGUUCCAUGAGCAUGAUGCCUAUGCCAUGUUCUCCCAGCUGAUGGAGACAGCAGAACCCUGGUUCUCCAGCUUGGAGAGAGAAGUCAGAAGGGGGAAGGACGAGAUGCUGACCAGCAUGCCGUUCGCCCGUCCGCAGGACUCGGGGCCGUCUGUUGCCAUAGUGACCAAAGUGAACCGCAUCCAGGACCAGCUGGUGAAGAAACACGACGUGGAGCUGCACAUGCACGUCAACCGCCUGGAGAUCGCCCCGCAGAUAUACGGCAUUCGCUGGGUGCGUCUGCUGUUUGGCCGAGAGUUCCCCCUGCAGGACCUGUUGGUGGUGUGGGAUGCCCUGUUCGCUGACAGCAUCACUCUAGACCUGGUGGACUAUGUCUUCGUAGCCAUGCUGCUCUACAUCAGAGAUGCCUUGAUAGCGAGUAACUUCCAGACCUGUCUUGGCCUUCUAAUGCACUACCCACCUAUAGGAGACAUCCACACCCUACUACACAAGGCUCUGUUCCUCAGAGAUCCCAAGAACAAUCCUCGGCCAGCCAACUACCAGUUUCAACAGAAUCUGGAUUAUUACAAGACCAGAGGAGCGGACCUGGUCAACAACACCCGUGCCAGUGGCAAGAUGGCUCCUCUCAACAUCAACAAGGUCUCCAGCAGUCUGCUCAGUUUCGGUAGGAAGCUCAUCGCCCCUGCUCUGUCAGGGGGUGGCUCCAGCGGCAUCUCUCCAAUUAAUAGUGAGGUCCUGUCUGCCCCCUCCCCCGUCACUGUGGGUCCUCACCCCCAGGCCGAGCCCUUGUUGUCUGGCCAUGCACCCCUGCAGACGCAGACACCACCCCAUUCCCAGCACCACCGCCUACUCAAGUCUGAGAGUAUGCCUGUCCACCUGAGCAAAGUUUCAGGAGGAGUCUCUCAGGUUCCUGUCCCAGCCCACAUUUUCUCUGACACAAAAGGCCAAAUCUCCAGGACAGCUAGCUCCUCCCCCAGCAUAGAGAGCCUCUCUGGAGGGCGGGGUCACACCACUGCAUCCCCACCUCUUCCUGUCACCAGGGAAAGUGACACCAGCACGUCGUCUCCGCCCCUCUCGGCCACCAGGAAAGAUUCCUUCUUCAACAUCACUCGCUCCCGCUCCCACAGCAAGACCAUGAUGGGCAAGAAAGAGGCUGAGGAGGAGUUGGAGGCCCAGGUGUCCUUCCUGCAGGGUCAGAUCAACGACCUGGAGGCCAUGAGCAAGUACUGUGCCAAAAUGAUGAACACACAUAUUGGUAAGAUCCAGGAGGUGAUCCUACAGGAGCACCUGGAGAAAGAAGACGAGGUGUUGGUGUCACUGGCUGGACUCAAACAGAUCAAGGACAUCCUGAAGGGAGCGCUGCGUUUCAACCAGAGCCUGCUGGAGGCUGAGGAGAACGAGGAGAUCACCAUCGCUGACGACCACUAUGACAUCGCCUCCAAUGCCGCUGCAGCCAUCGAAGAACAGCUCGCCAACUGUCACCAUGACAAACACCCCUUCCAGGCCACACCGCAGCGUGGCAACGGUGAUGGAGAACAGAAGGACCGAGAGGAGGAAGAGCAUGAGCACACGGAGUCAGAGCAACAGGCUUCUCCCCCAGAGUCAUCUCUGUCUGUGGGUUCGGAGGGGAAGAACUGGGACGACUACAUCCUGGUCUCGCAGGACGGAGAGCUGCAGCCCACCGAGGGAGGGGCCGAGAGGACCCCUCCAAUCAGACUGCUCCGUGGCUCGCUCAGGGUGGAGCCGGAGGGCGUGGGGUUGUUCCAGGACCCCCUAAUGGGUGCAGCGUCUGGCUCCUCCAGCCCAGACGAGGGCAGCACUCACAGCAAAGACUAUGACUUCACCAUCGUCAACCCCCAGGACCUGUGAGGGACUAUACUGUACAGAUUUGGGUGGGAGUUACCCCUAACCAGAGAUGUAGGAUCAGUUUAUCAAUCCCCUUAUCCCCACCUUAACCAUUAGGGGGAGAAAUGCAAAACUGACCGUAGAUCAGUCUUUAGGGGGUUACUUCAUCCCAACCUGGAGGAUAUGCUGUUUCACAGGGGCAAACCAAUGUGCCACUGCUGGAUGAAACUUGCACAUGUGGACUGGGCUAUGACAGCCAACCUACUGUCAGGCAGUCGCCAAUACUUUAUCAUUUCCUCUGUCUGUCCUUAUGUCUGACACAUUACCCUCUCUAACCUGAUCGGUAUUCCUUGAAUACUAUAGAUCUCUCCUAUGCCUAUUGCCUGCCCUCCUGUAUGCUUGGGUCUUAGCAGUUAUCCAACCCCACCUCUUGACUUUAAUAGGAAUACCCAUUUUGCCACAAGAUGGCACCACUAGACAGUUCACUACAGGCUACCCUCAGGAGCUGGAAUUCAUACUGCAUUUAUCAGUGUGGGGAAUCCUUUCCCUUCUCUCUGUAUGUAGCAGUAAUUGAAGGGUAGGGUACCCUGUUUCUCCAGGUAGGGGAGCUGUCUGUCCAUCUAAUGCCUGUGUCUAAAGAUGACUUGUCUUACCGCCAUUCAUCUCUUCUUUGAUUGGUCUUUAACUGUUCAAGAGAAGUUGCUCCUAACAUAUCUAGGAUCAGACUCCCAAUCGCUAGUCCUUCACCUACCAUUAGGGGGUUUUAAAAUAUCUGAUUCUGUAUCGGUUGUUGGGGACAACUUCUAACCAGUGCCUGUAAAUCAUUGGCAGAUUACCUGACUCCCACUUUCUCCUUGAUGUUGUUAGAAGCUAUUUUAACCUGCACUGCAUUACAAGGUGGAAGUUUUUGUUUUUUAAGAAAUUAAUUCAAAUUUAUCUAUGGAAUAAUAACAUAGGUUUCAUUAUUUCCGGUGUCCCUGUAUUUAGUUCUCUUGCUUCCUGUGGUAGCCAAGUAAAGCAUUGCACAUAAGGGAUGUCCCUAUAACCCAGAUUAACUAGACCAAUAAAAGCAUUGCUCUUGCUAAAGUA